AUGAAAAAAAAAAUACUUCUUUCAUUUGUUUCUCCUAGUUUCCCCCCUCUCUCUCUCACUCACUCACUCCUCCAAUCUUUCUCUCUGUCUCUCUCUGUCUAUCUUACCCAUCUCUCUCUCCCUCUCUUUGUCACUCUCAUUGUGUCUUCUCUCCCUCUCUGUCUGUCUGUCUGUCUCUUUCUUUCUUUCUUUCUUUUUCCUUUCUCGCCUUUUUUCUUUCUCCAUGUUCCCUAUUACUACCCACUUCCUUAUCUAACUACCUAUCUGUCUCUUAUACCUUUCACUUCCCUUUCACUUGUAUUUCAUUUCCACUCUCUCUAUUUUCUUCUUUUUAAAUCUCUAUAUCCCUCCUUACCGACCUUCCUAUCUCUCUCCAUCUCAUCCUCUCACUUUUCCUUCAUUUCCACUCUCUCUUUUUGUUCGUUUUUCUCUUUUCCUUCAUUUCCGCUCCCCCUUUCUUUAUUUUAUUUUAAAUCUCUACCUCUUUUCUUACCUAUUUUCCCAUCUCUCUCUGUCUCAUCCUUUCCACUUCUCAUUGACUUUUCCUUCAUUUUCGUUCUCUCUAUUUUAUUCUCUCUUCACUUCUAUCUAUCUAUCUAUCUAUCUAUCUAUCUAUCUAUCUAUCUAUCAUUCUUAUUACCUUUAAACCUCUUUUUUGUUCCUAUUCACUCCUUCUAUCACGCUAUCCUUCUCCUUUCUUUCUUCUUUUCUCUCUGCCCGUCUAUCUCUCGUUCCUUCUUAGACUGCACAGAGUUCAAUGUAGAAAAUGAUUUACAACUUUAG